UCGUGGAAGAUGUUCGUUGAACCAGUUUGAAAUUUGAACUUGUGGAUGAUGUUCGUUGGGGAAGGCCUAGCGAUACAUUGGCAUGUGUUGGAGAAGAGAAGUUUGCAAUAGGAGGUCCUUGGUGUCACGCCUCAAUGGAAUUGAUGCGUUACAAGAGCUUGUUGUGGAAGUCAUCCUAGUACUGUUCUUAGUCAGAGGCAUCGUCAAGGAAGGAAGAAGAUGGCGGCUUCCGCGGUUCAAGCAGCUCAAACCGCUGCCACUGCCGCCGCCGCCGCAACAACCAAAUCCAUUGCCAAAUCUCUCCUCUGCGAUCCCUCCUCAAUCCAUUCGCGAUGCCAAGCGCAACAACUCCACGCCCAACUUUUGAAAGGCUACUCUUUUACCUACACUUCUUCCUCCAUCCUCGCCAUAUACUCUCGCCUUUGUCUCCCUGACGAUUCUUUUCGUGCCUUCUCCUCCAUUCCCUCACCUUCCUCCUCUUCCUGGACCUCUAUCAUCAGCUGCUCCGCUGCUGCUGGUCUCUUCUCUCUUGUACUUUCGCUCUUCCAACGCAUGCGCUCCACCGGCGCUCCACCCAAUCACAAACUUCUCCCCAAUGUACUCAAAGCAUGCGCCGCUCUUAGAAGCUCUAAGCUUGGUGAAUCCCUGCACGCCUGCGCCAUUUCUUUUGGCCUUGAUUCCGACCUUUUCACCGGCAAUGCCCUCAUGAACUUGUACUGCAAGUUGGGCUGUUUCCAGAACGACCUUAACCGGUCAGAGGAAAUGCUAAGCAGAGAUUUUGGUGGUGGAUGUGUUAGCAAGCUAGGGAAUUUGGAACGAAACAUUUCGCGGGUGUCUGCGGGAGCUUCUCCCAUGGAAAGCGUAAGGAAGCUGUUCGACGAAAUGCCUGAACGAGAUGUGGUGUCUUGGAACACAGUGAUUGGUGGGGAUGUGGAGAAUGGGCUUUAUGUAGAGGCUUUGAGAAUGGUUAUGGAAAUGAUCAGUGUUGGUUUGAGGCCUGACUCAUUUACGCUAUCAACCGUGAUUCCAAUAUUUGCAGAGCUUGGAAAUGUUUCAAAGGGAAAGGAGAUCCAUGGAUACACAAUUAGAAAUGGACUGGAUAGAGAAGUAUUUAUUGGCAGUAGCUUGAUUGAUAUGUACGCAAAAUGCACGCUGGUGGAGUACUCAUAUCGUGUCAUGGGCUUCCUACCAAACCCAGAUGCCGUUGCUUGGAAUUCUAUAAUCGCAGCUUCUGUUCAAAAUGGUCAGUUUGAUGAAGGUCUUAGAUUGUUCAGAGAAAUGUUGGCGGUGAAACUAAAGCCUAUGGCGGUGACCUUCUCCUGUCUUAUGCCUGCAUGUGCACACCGAACAACCCUUCAUCUUGGCAAGCAACUUCAUAGUUAUGUUAUCAGAGGAGGUUUUGAUGGCAAUGUAUUUGUCCAAAGUGCACUUGUUGAUAUGUAUGCCAAAUGUGGAAAUAUAUGUGUUGCCCGAAGGAUUUUUGAUGCGAUGCCAUCAGUUGAUAUGGUUGCGUGGACAGCCAUGAUAAUGGGUUAUGCUUUACAUGGACCAGCAUAUGAGGCUCUCAAUUUAUUUCGAAGAAUGGAGAUGGAGAAUGGCAAGCCGAAUUAUGUGGCCUUUGUGGCAGUUCUAACCGCGUGCAGCCAUGCUGGAUUGGUGGAUGAGGCCCAGAAAUUUUUUGAUAGAAUGACUAAGGAUUAUGGAAUCACUCCUUGUUUAGAGCAUUACGCUGCGGUUGCUGAUGUUCUUGGUCGCGCAGGGAAAGUAGAGGAAGCCUAUGACUUCAUCUCCAAAAUGCACAUAAAGCCUACUUCUAGUGUUUGGUCCAUAUUGCUUGGAGCUUGCAGGGUCUACAAGAAUGCAGAGUUGGCAGAGAAGGUAGCUAAGAAAAUCUUUGAACUUGAGCCAUCAGAGAUAGCACCUCAUCUUAUUAUGUCAAAUAUCUAUUCAGCUUCUGGGAAAUGGAAGGAAGCAGCAGAUAUGAGGAUGAUUAUGCGAAAGAAAGGAUUAAAGAAGCAGCCUGCUUGUAGCUGGAUUGAAAUUAAGAACAAGGUUCAUGGAUUUGUAGCUCAUGAUGUAUCCCAUCCUUGUUAUGGGAAUAUAACCGAGGCUUGGGAAGCAUUGAAGGAUCAGAUGAAGAGAGAAGGAUAUGUCCCAAACACGGAAGAUGUACUACACGAUGUUGAAGAAGAGCAGAAGAUUGCUAAUUUGUGUGGUCAUAGUGAGAGGCUUGCAAUAGUGUUUGGUAUUAUAAGUACUCCUCCUGGUACUACCAUCCGAGUGACAAAGAAUAUUCGAGUAUGUGUUGAUUGCCACACUGCCAUAAAGUUUAUUUCAAAGAUUGUUGGAAGGGAGAUCAUUGUGAGGGAUUUUAACCGCUUUCAUCAUUUUAAAGACAAUGGGUGUUCUUGUGGUGACUUCUGGUAGAAUUAGGGCAUCUCCAAUGGAACGCCAUACGGCCCAUACAGGUGUUUGUCGUUCUUCUGUCGCUCCAACCCAUCGGCAUUUUUGCCGUUAUUUCAUCGCCGGUAUUGCGUCGCAUUGUUCACUCGCUACUUGGUUUUUUUUUUUAAUUUGAAAAUAUAGAAAAUGAAGUAUGAGAAAGAAUAUAUUAGGAAUAUUCUUUUUUUGGUGUUGGAAAAUGGAGUUCGGUUGGAGACAAGUUGCUGCAUUUUGAAGUGAAAAAUGAGUUUUUCGGUUGGAGAUGCCCUAUGGUAUGGAAAUGCGGACCUUGAAUUCCUAGAGCAUUGUGGUACAAAAUGAUGCUUCAGGGAGUGCAUUACUUUAUGUGCUUCCCUUCCUGUUGAUAAGCCACCACUUGUUUUACCUAGAAGCAUUUAUGGGCAGUUGGGCACCCUUGUUAUGAAACUUGCGGGUGCUAGAUCAUCAUCUCUUCAGCAUCUUUAAAAUUAGCGAGUGAUUCAAUGGAACCAUUCCUCAGGGAGGCAACCUGCAUAGUAUUAAGAAGCUCUUCAGCUUCUUUGGAUAUUGGUAUUUUUCAUGCUAUAAUGAGAAGUUUCCAUUGGUAUCCUAGACGGCCCUGCGUUGUGAUGGGACAACGCACCUCCAUAAAAGUGACAGAGCAUUGCUCAAUAAGGAUUUCUUACUGAGAUAGUUCACAAAUUUAAGGUUUUACUCGUGUCUUGCAAAAUGCAAAAGCUUGCAUCAUUCUUUUAUUUGUAGUCUUAAAAGAUUUUGGAAGGGUAUUUGUCAUUCUGCUAUUCGGGUUAGAGAAAAUUUCCUCUUCUCUCCUCAUCGUUUAUGCAAGGCAUCGAUUAUGUGGGAUCAUUGGUGUAUGGGGGAAAAACUGUCUAAUAAAUUCCCUGAAAUUUCCUCUCUCAAUUUUUGCAAGGAUAAUGAAUCUAUUGAUAGUUGGAUACAAAAUGGGAACUGGUGCAUACCUGACUCUAUUAGGGAAGACAUCAGAAACUUUAUCUAUAACAUUACUCUAGCUCUGGAUCACACUUGUAGCCUCACCUGGAAAGGCAAUACUAAGCACUCGUAUAAAGAUUAUUACUUGAAAUUCUUUGAAACUCAAGACUCUGUGGACUGGUCCCAUCUUGUUUGGCAUAAGAGGCAUUCUCCUAUAUUCUCUAUUUAUACUUGGAUGACUCUUUUUGAUAAGAUUAAAACAGCUGAGGUUUUAGCUUGGAAAGGCAUUUAUAUUGAUAAUCCAAAGUGUUACUUCUGUCAGGAUAAUCUGGAAUCCAAUCGGCAUUUAUUUUUUGAAUGUCAUUAUUCAUAUAAAACUCUUAUUAGGCUUAUUCCUACCUUGCAAAACUUUUUGUUAAGGCCCAAUGUGUCUCAGGCCCUUGAUUUUAUUGAAGGCUUGCCGGGUGAAAAUAAGAAUAAGUCAUACAGUCUCUUAUUAUUCAAUGCCACUGUAUACCAUUUAUGGAGGGAAAGGAAUAACCAAAGGUUUAAUUCAUCGGCUAAGUGUUUUACUACUUUGGCAUCCGAAAUUGCAAAGGAAGUGAGAAUAAAGUCGUUGAAAUGGAAAUGGAAAUAAAAAUUACUCUUUGGCACUGGGUUAGUGCUCUCUAUUAGCUAUGAUAUCUGGAUUUCAGAUUUCUUUAUCUGGCUAUGGAAGCACAUUGUGAAGGCUGCUUCGCUUGUUUUCGCUGGGUCUCUUUUUGAUCGAAUUUACUGUCAGGCUUUGAUGGACUUUUAUCAGCCUGAACGAUGAUGAUAGCCUGACUUUAAAUACUCUAGGAGGGUCUUCGGGCAACCAGAGUAUAUGCUUUCUGUUAUUCAAUCUAGUCUAACUGAGUUCAGAGCUCGACGAAGGAACUAAGUCUUUUCUUCCGAGUUUUAUUCUGUCUGUAUACUGUUUUAGCUAUCUCCUUCUGUAUUUCUCUUUGUUGUCAGAAUUUACAGUCAUUUACCUUUUUCAUUGUAUUUUUAUUUUUCCUAUGAUGAAUAAAAGGCUCUGGCCAAAUUUACCCAAAAAAAAAAAAAGUUAUAGCUAGUCCUACGCCUGUAAAUGAGUUGAUAUCAAUCUCAAUAGCUCAUCCUAACCCCAUAUAUUUCCACUCUGAUCUGCUCAAUAUACCGAAGAUGUGGCAAUACAUAGUUUCUAAUCAAGAUACUUGUCUUUUAGGAAUUAAAAACUUCUAACAAAAGCAAAUUGGGACCGUUGGUUUACAUGGGAUGAAAAAUCAUUAUAUUUUAAUCAGUUUAAUUGCAUCUCCCUAGCAUUCCCCUUAAAUUAAAUUUUGAAUAUUAAGACUUUGUUUGGGACAACUUUUUUAUUUUUCAUAAAGUAUUUUUUUUUUAAUAAAAAUUUUUUGAAUUUGAAAUUUUUGUACUAGAAAGCGGCUUUAGAAAGCAUUAAGAAAGCCGCCCCAAAUGAAGCCUAAAUCUAAGCCUAAGUAACUUAAUCAAGAGUGUUUUCUCAUGAGUAGGAGAGAUAAUGACCUAUGGGUGCUUUUGCUAAUAGAGGGUCUCGAUGCUAGAUCUAAAUAAAUGCUGAUACAACAUCAAUGAAAAUCUUAUUAAAAUAAACCCUAUGAGUCUAAAGAAAAUUGACCCUAACUUUUCUAUCACAUAUCAUGGAGGCUCCAACAAAGGCGUUAGUUUUGCCUUGUGGUUGUGAUUUUCCUAGACCAUAUAAUCCUGCACCCCUGCAUGAAAACUAUGCUUGUUUGUGUGCAUUCGGUGAUAGUAGUUUUCAUUACUAGACAAGAAACUUUAUGUUAGACCGGUCCAGCCGGU